GGGUGCGACAAGCAUACGACGUCGCUUUUGGGGUCCAGUGGCACCUGAUAAGGGGCUGAUCAACCUACCCGAUGGCGGGGUUUGUGAGACUAUUCCUUCGUGAUCUUCCUCUCCGGAGUCAGGCCAAUGAGUAGCUACCAGAGAGUCCCUCAAGAAGCCUACCCUCCUCCAGGGUACGGAUCUUAUGCUCCACCACCGCCAGGUUACCCAUCGGCGCCACCGCCGCCGCCACAUGAAGGGUACCCUCCACCGCCGCCACCUGGGUAUCCAGCGUACCCUCCGCCGCCGCCGCCUCAGCAAUGUCCCCCGUAUCAAGGUUAUCAGGGUUAUUUCAAUAACGGAUAUCCGCCGCCGCCGCCUCCUCCUCCUCCCCAAACAUACCAACACCAUCACUGCGAACAUCAUUAUUACGACGGGUCCACCGGUUGUGCCUCAUUCUUGCAAGGCUGCUUGGCAGCUCUCUGUUGUUGCUGCGUGCUGGAGGAGUGUUGCUUUUUCUGAUGAUCAGAUUCAGAGGAUUGUUUCUUUAGUUUGUUGAUCUUGAUUAUGGCUCUCUGGAGAAAUGUUGCUCGAUGGUCUGAUUGAUAUGUGUGCGUUCUGAUGUCUUUGGUCAUUCCUGUAAUUCUUGGUCUUUUGACCCCCUCCCCCCUUUUCAACCAACUCGUGUGCAUAGGUUCUUGUUCUGGUGUAUGAGUCUCACUGAAUGCACAGUGAUAUUUAUUGGAAAUUUAUGCUGUCUAAAAUAUGUGGAAUAACAGCCAAAGGUGUGGUUAUAGAUUGUUUUCAUCUUUAAAGACCAAUCUCUUUCCAUUGUACUGGGCUUGACAGUUUUAGAAGUCACUUUUGCCAGAGGACCGUAAAGAAGGUCAAGAGAAUUAGAUU